AUGGCCGUCGCCUCGACGCCGCUCGUCGCGGCACCAUCGUGCCCGGCCUGGGCGAAGCAUCGUCGCGGGCGCCAGCCGCAGUUCGACGGCAAGCCGUGCGAGCCUGCUAAGGAGGAGGACAUGUGGCUGUGCCUGGCCGACGGCCGCGCGCGCAGCACCGCCGACCUGAAGCGCCUGGCGACAGCCGCUCGGGUGCGAGCGAAACGAGCAAGAGAUGCAGCCGCCGCGAACACGCGCGAUCGGCAGGCGCGCGACCAGCGCCGCCGGCAGCGUGAGCAGCACGACCGGCGCGCAGCGCCGGCGGUCGCCAAGACCGUGCGCCCACAACGCGGCCAGUGCGGCUGCCCGGCGCACGCGGUGUGCGGCAUGUGCGUCGACCAGGGCAAGCUCGCCGCGGCCGAGCAGGCGGCCAUCGACCUGGAGACGCGCUUCCACGCCUCGACGAACGUCGUCAUGGACCUGGAGCGGUCCGAGGACGAGACGGGGGCGCUGCUGCAGCGCUGCGUGCAC